GAUACCUCUUCAUCCUCUCCAUCUGAAAAAAACAAAUUCCCAUACCACAACGCUGUCGUUUCGUUCCUGCCAAUGGCAUAAACGGUAACCAACUAACCAUUUGAAAAUGGAUGAAAGUGGUCUUAAUCGAAGUUCAAAAAAACAUAAGCUAAAUGAAGAACAAGGCAUUGUUGAUGGGAACACCAAAUGUUUAGAGAAUUUACCUGAAGAGAUUCUUCGAUACAUCAUUUCCUUACUUCCAACAAAUGAUGCUGUUAGAACAAGCAUACUUUGUAAGAGGUGGGAAUAUCUGUGGACUUCCAUUCCAAAUCUUGGUUUUAAAAAAGGAUCAAAGGCUAAGAGAAAACUUUUCAUGAAUUUUGUGGAGAGAGUGCUUCUUCUUCAUGACUCCUCUGAUAUCAAACAAUUCACCCUCUAUUGUGAUGUGCUACAUGAUGGCGAUGCAUCUCGUAUAAAAGCAUGGAUCUCUUCUGCAAUAAGGCAUAAUGUUCAAGAGUUGGUUUUCGACCUCAACAUAUCUGAAGAACAAUUUUCAUUGCCUCGUUGCUUGUUUACUUGUGUGACACUGACAAAGUUACAAUUUGAUAUGCCCUGUGUACUCAAAAUUCCUCCUACAAUUUAUUUCACAAAUCUCAAGAUCUUGACUGUUGGAAAUGUUACAUUUUCGGAUGACUACACAACCCAGAAGCUAUUUUCUGGACUGCCAGUCCUUGAGGAAAUGUUUUUAGAGUACUGUAUCUGGGUGAAUCUCACAGCUGUGAGUAUUUCUUCUCCCAAGCUUCAUCGCCUGCGCAUAAUUGAUGAUGAGCAAAAUUCAGAUGAUGAGGAUGGUUGCCAGGUCAUGAUUUUUGGACCUGGCCUCAAAACAUUUACUUACUGUGGUCCAAUCUGCAAUGACUAUUGCUUAUAUAACUCAUGUUCACUAGAAAGAGUAGUGAUUAAUGCUUGUGACCCUGGUAAGACAGCAAGACAAGUUGCCUAUCGCAUGUAUAGGCUUCUUAGUGGGCUCUCUACCAUUAAAAAACUAAAACUUUCUAGUGGUGCUGUUGAGGUUCUAAACUCUGCUGCAGAACUCCUUCCCCAUGUUCCUAUGUUCAAUAAUGUGACGCAUUUGGAAUUUGAUGACGGUCCAACAUAUCUUGAUAGAGUUGCACUAUCAACGAUACUGGAAAAAUUUCCUCGUCUGAAUACUCUUGAAUUUCCUGAGGGGAUCAAUCUGUCUGUAAAUUGUAAAAAUGCUGAUGGUAUACCGGCCCCAGUGCCUCCAUGUUUCUUAUCACACCUCAGGUGCAUUAAAGUCUAUUGUUAUGCUGAAGUGCAGAACCAACUGCCUGCCAUAAAAAAUUUGCUCAAGAAUGCGGUGGCCUUGGACAAGAUAGUUAUAUCUUCCAAUAAUCAUUUUGCACGGGACUUCGAGAAACAGUUGAUGGAGUUCCCCAGGGGGUCAAAAAAUUGUAAAUUCAUUAUCUAUUGAGCCUUUCUUGAGCUUUGAUUCUCAGAAAGAGCCACUCAUAAGUCUUCAAUUCCUACUUUUUGGAACAUCUUAAAGUACAACUUGUUAUUUUACUGUACUUUGAACUUGAAAGACUUAUUUUGCUCACUACCAGGACCUUCUACCUAGCCAGUAUCUACAACUUUUUGUUAUGGUACGAGACUGCAAUUUGCAGCAUGGAAUGACCUUUAGUGAUAUUCACCACCCCGUCUUUUGGAAAUCAAAUGCAGUCUCUGAUAGUUGGGUUUAUAUAUAGUUCAUUCA